GUCUUCCCUCGACUCUACUCGGGGGGCCACUACGCAGCCAGACUGCGAGCCGUGAGGGUAGAGGUCCGGGUAUUCGCACGGAGAUACACGCGCCGAGCAACGUGCUAGUCCGACCACGCCGCUCAUUUUCCACUUUGUAUCGUCGAUUCGGAAGAAAGGUACGAGAGAAUAAGAAGAAAGAAAAUAACAUAAUCGUUGAAGAAAAGGAAGAAGAAGAAGAAGAAGAAGAAGAAGAAGAAGAAGAAGAAGAAGAAGAGGAAGAAGAAGAAGAAGAAGAAGAAGAAGAAGAAAAAGAAGAGGAAGAGAAAGAUUGAAGAGAUUGGAAAUUGUACUUGCUCGAAGGAUCAAAGGAUCAACUUUAUAAAAAGAAAACAAGAGGAAAGUAAAAGAAGAAAAAGAAGAAGAAGGAGAAGGAGAAAAAGAAGAAUUUUCUAUUCUACGUGCUAUUACAGAAUACUCUCGUAUUUUUUCCUCACGCUGACAUCUCUAUCUUGUGUGUGUUAAUCAUUCAUCGUUUUUAUCCUCGAAGAAAACGAUUUGUCGGCGAUUGAUCGGGAAAAGGGUUUUACCGGUUGAAAUCAUUCGCGAUUACGGGGUGAAAAGAGCGAGUGCGCGACGUCGAGAACGAACAGGAGAACAGGGACGUCCAGGUGGUGCGCGUCCGACGCGUUCUCGACCUAUAGAGACGCACGUGGGACGGACCUACGGAACGUGCGAGGAAGAGAAAGAGAAAGAGAGAGAGAGAGAGUGAAAGAAAGAGAAAGAGAGAGGGAAAAAGAAAGAUAAAGAAAAACCAAUAUAGAAAAAGAAAAAGGAUUGGUUAACAAAGAUUAUAAAUAGAACUUGGUGAGUUUUGUGUGGACUUGUGACAUCAAUCGAUUUGUGCUCGGACAUUUUACUACUUUGGACUCCUUAUUAUUGAUUACUACACUAUUGAAAUUGAAGAAACUUGGACUGACAGGUGUGAACAUAGUUUACAUAGAUUAGGAAGAUAACUGUGUGACGCUCGAAACUCAAAGUGAAAUCGCGAAGUGACGAUAAACUUGAAGAUUUUGUUUUCCUCUCUCUUUAUCUCCUUUCUUCUCUCUUUCUCUCUCUUUCUGUCUCCGUUUCUAUCUCUUUCUCACUCUCUCUCUCUCUCUCUCUCUCUCUCUCUCUCUCUCUCUCUCUCUCUCUCUCUCUCUCUCUCUCUCUCUCUCUCUUUCUCUCUCCCUAUCUCUUUUUCCCUCUCUCACUCACGCGUUCAUAAGUUUAACGAGCGACUCCUAAUUAUCGUUGGCAGUGAGCAAUUACGAAGAGCGCGUGACGCCACGACGGGACACGUCAGUGUUUUUCUGCUUCAAAAUUAUACGCUUUCGUUCAGGACGCACGUCGUCGUCGUCGUCGUCGUCCUCGUCGUCGUCUUCGUCGUCGUCAUAGUCGUCGUCGCCGUCGUUUUCGCCGUCGUCGUCGUUGUCGUUGUCGUCGUCAUUGUUAUGGCGAUGAGCGAACACGCACGCUGCUGAACAAAUAGAAUAAUUAAAAGCGCAUUACGUUUCGCUGCGAUCGUUCUGUCUCAUUAUCUUUUUCUUCGAGUUUAUCGAAACAAAAAAGAAAAAAAAAAAAAACCCACACCAGUCAAGAGGAAAAGAAAAAUUUUCUUCGAAGAAUUGAUUGUCUAUCUCGCUUUAUCAAAGUGACUGGUAUAAGCUGAUUAAACCGUGGUGACUUAUCGUAUAUAGUCGGUCACGUGAGAUUGACUAACUACAUCUAACUAAUUACAUACCGGUUAAUUAAACGUGCCGUUAGAACAGGCUGAUGUCACGAGAGUUGAAGAUUUUCCCGAAUCGUUCGUUCCUCGACGUCGGUCUACCACCGACCGCGAGAUUCGCGAAGAAGGAUUCUACUGAUCUUACGAACGCCGUUGAAGGCUCGUGAAGAAGAAAAGGAAAGAGAACGAUCUUGGUAUAUCUCGUGAAUUCCAAGGGAAAAGGAUCGAAUUCCUCUUCGAUCGACUUUACCCGCAUCGUGGGAGAGAUAAAUAACGGAGGCUCGUCCAACUCGCGUCAGGACGACGUCCCACGUAGAGCGGUCGCAGCUCAGUUUAGAUUACGAGUCCCCGGCAUGCAAGGCUGACAUGGCGGAGGGUUCGGCCGAGGAGGAACAGAGCAGUACCGCUGCGCCCGCUUCCCCUCCAGCUGAUCUUCGCACUCUGAACACCCAAUUGUCGCCGCCUUAUCACCAUCAACCCCAUCUCCAGCCACCGCGUCUUCAGCAUUUGCAGCAUCCCAACAUGUUGGCCACCGCCGUACCGCCUAGGCACAGCCACAGCAUGCUGUCUCAUCAGGUGAAAACGGAAGCCGAGUUGGACGCGUCGUACGACGUGCCAUUGAAUCUCAAGAGCGAGGACAGCGACAGGAGUAGCAGUGGAAGUCCAGAACCAGCGACAGGCGCUAUGCACGAACAUCAAAUGAUGUUGGAAGAUAUAAAGAAUUCGCGGAAAAGACGACGGACUCCAUCUCCUGAGAACUUACAUCAAGCGAAACGUGCAGCCGUACCACAAGCACAUCUUAAUGGAACCAUGGCCGCAAUGGUUACCCUUCAAAAUCUACAAAAUUUAGAAAAUCUACAGAGUUUGGAGAGUCCCGAAUCGGCGACAGGCUCGCUUCAUGAACAUCAAAUGAUGAUGGACGAUGUAAAAAAUUCUCGGAAAAGACGGCGAAGUCCGUCGCCGGAAAAUCUCCAUCAAGCGAAACGAGCGGCGGUAGCGCAAGCUCAUCUCAACGGAACCAUGGCCGGUAUGGUGACUCUACAGAACCUUCAAAAUCUAGCGAAUCUUCAGAAUCUUCCGCAGGUCGCUUCAUUGGCUGCUGGUCUUCAGGGAAUGACGGCUGGACUGAGCAACAAUCAGUUGAUCAAUACCCCUUUGAAUCUCACCGUUAGCUCAUCCGGGGGCACCGCACCAACUGCCUCGAGUACAACAGCAGGACCACAUCUUUUACCACCAAGUCCAGCGCCAAUGGUGACGUUACCUCAGCUAUUGUCUCAACCACAACCAGUAGCAAUGCCGCAAUUCAUCCUUAUGUCCGGUCAAUUAGUUCAGGGUCUUCAAGGAGCCCAACUUUUAAUCCCUACCUCUCAAGGUAUAGCAACGCAGACUAUAUUGACCAUUCCCGUGAACCACGUAACGAAUAAUCAAAUGGUCAACUUGGCACUCAGCAAUGGUCAAGUAGUUUCUACGACAUUGGCGAAUCUUCAAUCGAUCGCACAACCUCAAAAUAUGUUGAACACACCGACGAGCAACGUUCCGACAAGUCCGAGUCUGGCAUCGGGAUUAGGCUUGAAUCCCGCAGCACUGCCUCACCUUUUGAGCAACAGUUCAGCGAGCCAACAGCUUCUGAAUGCAAUGCAACCCCAGCAGCUGCUUCAGGCAGCUCAAGCGGCACAAGCUCAGGCAGCGCAAGCCGUCCAAGCUGCCCAGGCUUCUCAACAACCACUUCUCACGACGUCACCGCAACAGCACAGCCAUCGACAUGGCUCGCACAUGAAUCAUUAUACGCCAACAGAAAAGCAUCACAGAGAGAGACCGGAACAGUCGUCGCCUUUGAACGAAUCUGUAGUCUCCGCAGCCUCUGCUCUAAACAGAUUGACGUCCAGCAACGGUGAGAUUACUAUCACGACGACGCACGGUCCUAGUGGAGCUGGAGGAAUAAAGGCCUCGCCAAGCACUUUGCACAGUCCCAAAGAGGAAGAAGAUGAUCUCCUCAACGAUUCCCCGAAUCAACCGACAAUCAACGAAGCCACGAAUAACGUUGUGGAUGGUAUCAACCUCGACGAGAUCAAAGAGUUCGCGAAGGUUUUCAAACUUCGUAGACUUUCGUUGGGCCUAACGCAGACACAAGUUGGUCAAGCCCUUAGCGUUACCGAAGGUCCUGCUUAUAGUCAGAGUGCCAUAUGCAGUGCCCUGGCUACCCAGAUGUACGCUGCCUCGCAGAUUGUGUCACAGCAGCAAGCUACAUUCGAAAAGCUGGACAUCACACCUAAAAGUGCGCAGAAAAUUAAGCCAGUGUUGGAGAGGUGGAUGAAGGAAGCCGAGGAAAGUGCGCGUGAUUGCAGGUACAAGAGCGGAGUAAAUCAUCUCACGGACUUCAUCGGAGUCGAACCAACCAAAAAGAGGAAGAGACGGACGUCCUUCACACCUCAAGCUUUGGAAUUGCUUAAUGCUCAUUUCGACCGAAAUACUCAUCCCAAUGGUACCGAAAUUACAACGUUAGCACAUCGUUUAGGAUACGACAGAGAAGUGAUUAGAAUUUGGUUUUGCAACAAGAGACAAUCGUUAAAGAAUACUGCGAGAAUGAUGAAGGGAAUUGAGUAAAACGACGUUGAUCGAUGAUCGUCUAUGGAAAAAAUCAGUGAAGGAGAAGAAGAAGAAGAAGAAGAAGAAGAAAAAGAAGAAGAAGAAGAAGAAGAGGAGAAGAAAAGAAUCGCUUCGAGGACGAUUCGAUGUCUCCGAGAACGUAGCGAGUUUGAAUUUCGAGGGUUGUUUUACGAGAAGAAAUCGUACAAGGAUUAAACAAAAAAUGAAUUGUCCUUUUUAAAAUCAAGAUUUGUUGAUCGAAUUAACGAUCCUUUCGCGAUUUUUACUCUCGAAAAGAAAACGAAGUACUUUUAUAAUUAUCCGAUUUCGUUCGAUCGUUUCGUUAAUGAUCGACAAGUGAUCUAACUCGAUUCUCUGAAGACUGUAUUCAUCGAUCUUCCGGUCUCAGUCCAUCUUUUCCACGAGGAAGAACGAAAUAUCGCAGCAUCGAGCUCGACGAUCGAAACUGAACGAAAAGCAUAGCGAAACGAAAAAGAAAAAAAAAAAAAAAAGAAAAAAAGAAAAGAAAAGAGACUAAAAGUCCUUAAGGGCAAUGUGAUCGCAGAGAGUAUACGAAAAGAUCUAAUCUGUAAAUUAGCUUUUAUAAUCCUGCUCGCGGAAACUUUCAAAUGUGAAAGGGAAAUUAAGCGAAGAGUAUUUUUUUGUUUCUUUCUUUCUUUUUUUUCUUUUUUUAUGUUUUUUCUGAAAAACGAAGGAUCGACUUUUUCUUCUUUCUCUUCGUUUUAGUAAAAAAAAAAAAAAAAAAAAAAAAAAAAAAAAAAAAAAAAGAAGAAGAAGAAGGGAAAAAAGUAGAACAAAAAAAAAAUAGAAAAAAAAGAAGAAAAAAGGAAAAAGAAAAAAGAUUGUUCAGAGAUCUUGAUUAACAACGACACGUAACUUAAAUGGAAAUUACCAACCGUUGGUAAUACUCUGUGAAGAUUGAAUCAUGUUACCAAUCGAACGAAAAUUAUCUUCCUAGAUUCUCAUCGCAAAUCGAUUCCUAAAAGAUCUUAGAAUUAGUAUUUCCCAUGAAUAAAACCGAACAUGACUUUUAUAUGUUUCGAAUACAUUGUAAAUAAAUAAAAAAAGAAAAAAAAAAAAAAAAAAAAAAGAAAAAAGAAAAAAAAAAAGGAAAAAAAAAGACACACAAAAAAAAAACCAUUCUGUCAGAAGUUAAUUUUUGAGACUUAAAAUCAUUGCGAUCGAUUCGAUUGAAUAUUUUAAAAUAAUUCCAAGGAAAAAAGGAAGACUAA